AUGCUGCGGAUCUUGAAUGAAGAGGGCUUUGAUAUCAAAGAAAGAGAGUUGAUGCGUGUGCGUGCAAAGAAUCGCUGGCUUCUCCGUGUCCCCAAUGGGAUGAAGUCCCAGUCUAACGCUGGAGCGCGAAUGACUCACUUAGAGGACGCAGGCUUGCUUGCACUACAACAGGAAGUAUACAAGAAUGAUGACGGGUUCGACGAUGACAACUCCCACCGUCCCGAAUCAGCUGGUAAUCAUUCUACAUCGCCUGGUCUGACGCCCGAGGUGAUCGCGAAACGCAAAGAGCGCCUUGAACGUCUUAAGACAGAAAGUGCAGAGCGGUGGGCCUCGAGAAAGCGUCGCCGUCGUACUCGUGGGUGGGCUGGUUUGCCGGCGGACCCUCCGGGGCCUCCACGCUUUCCAUCGGAGACCACGAUUGAUGAGAGUAAGCAGUACCUCAGCCUGGAUAACGCCAUGUACCGUCAAGUGCGGGAUCACUUCCAGCGAAUCUGCGAGGAGGCCGGUUUCAUUAAGAAAACAGCGGCAGGGCCGGAGCGGUGGCAGGCCGCCAAGGACCGAUUGAUUCAAGAAUCCUCCCAUCUCCAACAAGUCUUCAACGCCGAACCAAACCAACGCGAUGCUAAAACCCUUGCCCUCGAUGUGGUCUGCACGGACGUUACGAAACGCAUGAGAACAUUGGAGCGUCGAAUGACGAUAGCGGAGGCCAAGAACGCCCUGGGAAUCAAUCCAGAGGAGAGCCGCCAGAUUCGCAACGCAUUCUAUGAUAUUCUUAAAGCGGACCACUUUACUAGCAAGCUGGAGGCGGGCGAUGAACACUGGCAGGAGAUGAAAGAGCAAUGGAUCCGGAAUUCUGAACUUCUGCAGCGGAUUUUAGCACCGGGUUUCGCAGAACCCGGCCACACUACUGAACUGAAGAAGGCCUUGGAAGUUCUUUGUCGCGAUGUAAUGAAACGACUUCGCGACGAACAGACGAAACGAGACCCUGCCCGCAAGCGAUCCGGAGCACGCACUGAGUCCCCAAAUCCCCCACUCACCAACAAUCCUGUUGGGAACAUGCUGGGCAAUGGGAUCAGUAAUGGAAUUAGCACUCUUGCAUCCCAGGCGCUUGCGAGUGCGCCUAUGAGCGGAAAUGAUAUUGGGGAUAUGCAGAUCGACCCUUCUCUACUCCAGGCGGCUAACGACCCAUCCUUUUCAGCAAGUGCCCAGCAUGAUACUGGCAGUGCAUUUGAUUACGUGGACCCCAUGCUCAAUCCAAACUUGCUUCAUACCCCGAUCUAUCUACAAAUCAGUCCCCAGAGCCAGGUGCCGGGGGUAGCAUCCAAGACCUGGGCGGAAAAGCUAACGACCAGGACUAUCGACGAGUUGAGGCAAUUCGUUGCUGCUCGGUAUCCUUACUCAACGAUCACCAAAAUUGAAGGCAUUGAUCGGGAUGAGCAGGGGAAUGUGAUCCCAUUUCUCAUUGACGAAGACCAUGAAUUGGACGCAUACCUGACCCAUGUGCAUGGAAGAAAGGCGUCACUGGUUUUGACUUUGGGCCAGAUCUAG